ACAGUAGGAGGGCUGUGGGACGCUGGCAGUAAGUCUGCCUUUUCUGUGUAAGAAAUCCACCACCAGCCGCGCACAAUGGAAGUGGAGGAUGCCUUAUCGGCUAAGUUCAGGGUCCUGAUUCAAGGGCUCAUGAUGACGACAACCUCAGAGAUAGUCAAAAUAUUCAGCAAAGUGCUGCUGGAGACCAGAAUGGAGAUCACCCAGAGCUGGAGGGAGAUCGACUUGUUGAAGCAGCAGUUAGAGGAAAGUGAGCAGCAAAAGACAGAGGCCAUCAAUAGGGCUCAGAGGAGUGACUUCAAAAGGGAAGAUGACGAGAUGGAAGUGUCACGUGUGACUUCUCAGUCUGACGUACAGAGCUCAAACACUGUCAUGCCAGUGGCUGUGGGGCCUGAAGAAAGAGCAGAGAAUGUCUCAGAACCAGAGACAACACAGUCAAGCAAACCAGGCCAAAAGGUUCAGAAAAUCUGUCCAACUGCUGCUAUUGCUGAAAACAGCCAGAAGACCAAGUGCCAAGAGCCAAAAUGUACACAGCAUGUGGUAAAACCGAAAAUAGUUUGUCCUGCCAAUGUGCCGCGAGUGAGAGGGCGGAAAUCAUCAUCAAGCAAGACCAUAUCCCAGCCCACAUCUAAAAUCGUUGCAUAUGGACCAUCUACAAGUGUGGACAUAAUCACAAAUAACCCAAAAUCAAAGGUGAUGAAAAAAAGGAAAUUAAUCAAAACGCAAAAACACGCUAAUGAUGUUAGUGUUGCUCGUGCACUUCGAGACCGACAGCACCUCAGCAUGCAGAGGCACUGUCUGUGUUGUUCAUCGGAUGAGUGCGACCUUCAGUCUAGCCCCUCUAGAGCCCUGCACCAGGUCCCUAGUGUGUAUAUCUGUCGUAAAUGUGAGAGAAGGUUUAAAACAGACCUCCUGUUCAAGAGUCACAAUUGCCCAAUGCCUCAGAAUUGCAACAGGUGUGGGCAGAUGUUCACUACCCUUCAGGGGCUCACCGCACACAGACAGGAAGUUCAACCUCAGUUCAGCUGCAGUCAGUGUGAGCAAAUGUUUGCCACUCAGUGUGCGUUAACUGUGCACAAACGGAUCCACACCAACCUUAUUGUUCCCAAGGAUAUUAAGGCUAAGAGGUUCGAGGUUCGUCUCGAAAGAAUCUCAGACUCCCAGCUGGAGGCUGCUUUGUCCUCAAAAAGCUCUCUCUUGCAAAAUAACUCUUCAAAACAGGAUCUUUUGAGUGAAGCAAAGAGUAUGGCUGCAGCAGAUACAAGUCCUGGAUCUGCAAGCAAACGCAGUGCAGAAUCCACGGCGGUGAACGUACCUGAGACCAGCGAGACACAACUAUCACCCCAAAGCGUAGUAGAAAGCCUGGACACAAGGCCAGGAACCCUGUCGGAGUCCAGUGUUGGACAGUCGAGUGUCAGGAAAGUAUAUGCUGUCAUGUCAACUGCUUCAUGCCAAAUUCAGAUUAGUGAGGAUGCAAAUGGAUCCGAGUCACCAGCUGUGCAUGAAUCUGAAAAAGUAACCGAUAAAGGAAAACAUGCCAGUGCAAGCGAUGAGUCAGGACUCCGCUCUCCUUCGAGAAAGCGGAAGAUGUCAGAUUGUUCUCAUGAUGCAUACAAUGGUGUGUUUCCUGUUGAAAAUAUUCUGAGAUGGAGAAACAAUAAGGGAAGAAAUGAAGUUCGGGUCAAGUGGAUGCCUUGCACAUUGUGGUAA